AUGAUUUCAUCUGGAGCUGUUGCACCUGAACGUGGUUCAUUAUCAAAACAUACGCGGAAAGAAAUGAGAGGAAAAGGAGAAAAGCACGAUCAUGAUGAGAAUGACGAGGACGAGGAUGAAGAAGAGAAUGAUCUGACGCUAUCAGUUGGAUCAAGUAGUGUCAGUAGUGGACGUGAUAGUCUUGCAGAUAUUCUCGAGUCCUUAGAUAUGGAUUUAGAUGAUGAAAUAAAUGACGAGACACUCUCAUCUGGUAGUGAACGUGCUCGUAGUACAAAUGAUUUACUGGAUGAAGGAGAUUUUGACGACCUCAGCGACGAGUUACAAUACCUUGAACAACUAGAUGUAGAUCGAAAUGGAUCAGAUCGAGGAACGGAUGCAGAUAAUAAAAUGGACCCAAAUGAACACGCACCACCACAGGAAGAAGAUUUUGUGCAUUUUCGUCGGUCGUCCUUGGAUCAGUUAACGUCUAUGUGUACAUCAAGUGUGUCAAACAACGCGACAGGGAAUAUGUGUACGUUGAUAUGGGAAGGAGGGUUGCUGGGACUGAGACUGCGCCACUCACAGUCCAUGAUGAUGCCGGCAGUGUCGAAACUUACAGGUAAAAGCUCGAUUUUUGGCAUUCAUCUCGUGGAUGUGGGGGAUUUGUUGCUACGUAUUGGAGAUCGAGUUACGCACGAUAUGGAGUUUUUAGACGCGAUUAGUUAUCUGAAGGAAGUACCCAAGCCAUGCACACUUGUUUUUCGACGGUUGACAGCGGAUCCGAUGGCAGUUAAGCCUGUUCAGCCAAUGGUGAAGAGCACGAUUGGAUUGAAACUUGCGGCAAAGUUUGACGAACUGAGGGCAGCGGAGAACGAAAAGUUUCCACCACAACCGGCGGUCAAGUUGGAUGCAAAGUACGAAAUUAAGUGGAUUGACGGACCACUCGGGAUCAGUCUAAUUGCAAGUAAGGACGUGCUGUACCCUCUUGUUACGCGCAUUACUGGGAAAAAUCGCUCACCACAGGUACAGGACGUACAGCCAGGGCAUUAUCUAGUGCAGAUUGGCAGCUACAAUACGGCGGACGGUAACUUUAACACAGCGAUUAAGUUUUUGCAAAAGGUGCAGAAACCAGUAUCGCUGUUUUUUUGUCCCGGCAAUAAAAAAGUGUCGGCUCGACCAGAUCCUACUGAGGAUGAAUAUGAUCAUAUUUGGGAAAAGAAACAACCCCUAUGUUUUACAGUACGACCGAAUGCUGCUGGCCAUAUGGUCGUUGCCGACUUGGGCAGCGCCAAAUCUAUUAAGGUGAAAAUUAAGGGUGCGCCGAAUAAUGUGGCAGCGUUUGUGAGCUCAGGAGACCGUAUCAUGUGGAUUAACGACGAGAACAUUAAAGAUCUGACAUUCCACGAAUCUUUGCUAAAGUUGCGAACAGCAAAACGUCCGCUGAUCAUUCGGUUCAAGAAGGGUUCUCCUGACGACGCGAUCGCUGCUUUGUCGUCUUCCGAUGUACAUUCAGCAUCCACUUUUACAGCUUCAACCUCUUCACUGGCAUCCUCGAUAGCAUCAGUAUCUUCUUCGACGUCCUCAGGACUACCGUUAUCAUCGUCUUCUUUUGCCAUCGAGAAUGUGACGCCUAUUACCGCAGCAUCGCCUCCAAAGGCUGUGCAACCUCUAAAGGCUGUGCAGCAGCCCAUAAAAGCUGUGCAGCCUCCAGCGGUUUCCCUUCCUGCUCCACGAACUUUUAUAAAUCCGUUAAAAAAGAUGAGCAUAGCCCUCAGUAAUCAUUCAAAGGAAAACGGCAAUACCUCAGUCAGCUCAAAAAUGCAGCAUGAGCACAAGAAGCAUCAAGAAAGACAGUCACCGAAGCAUGCUACACAGGAAGUUUGUCAAAAUAAAUACCGAGGCCAUGCUGAUCAGGAAGCGAAGCGAUCAGCUGUUGACGGCAGACAACCGAACGCUUUGUUAUCAAAUGCAUUGAGAGUCUCUUCACCACAGGGUUCGAGAGGAGGAAUUCACACUGCUGCCCCAUCUCUGCUCGCUAUUAAAGGCCCACCUUCUCGUUCGACAUCAGGUCCAGAUAACAGUAGCGGACACUGGGAUGACGGAAGCCACCGCGUCGCGGAUGCACAAGGCAAACUUCGCAACUUGGAGCAUGGGCUGCGUAAAUCUCCGCGGGCAAAGUCAUCUGGUGAUCCAGUUGAUAACGACACACCAAUCAAACCACUUUCACGGAGUGGCCAUUCUCACGGUUCUGCACCCCAUACACCAAGCAAUGAAGCCAGCAAAUUAACGGAAUUAGAGGACAACGACGUGUAUGAGGUGGUGUGGCCUGAGGGUACAGCUCUUGGUCUGACGCUGCGCGUGCACCCGACGACAAGAUUUCCCGUGGUGGCACGCGUGACAGGCACAAGCAACCUCAAGAAUAUUGAGCAUGUGUCGCCUGGGGAUAUCCUCUUCGCAGCUAACAACAUGAACAUUGUGCCGCAGCCGAAAUUCAAGCAGACUCUCGAGAAUCUGUCACGCUUGCCGAAGCCCGCAGUAUUGCGCUUCCGGCGUGCAUCGGCUGCGGCAUAUGCAUCAGCACGGUUGGACGACGCGCAUCAGACACUACCACGUGGACCAUCGCUGAAGGACCGUGAGUAUGAACUCAUCUGGCGAGAGAACGCUAAUCUUGGGCUCGUGUUUAGCUCGGAUGCCGAUGUGCCGAAAGUGACAAAAGUGGAUAUGGACUCUGGUGGUCCCAUGCUACACAAGGUGUCGGUUGGGGACAUUUUGACAUGGAUUGGCCCUAUGGAGAUCGGUGGAUCUUCUUUUCACUCGUCUAUGGCGACACUACGCGCCGUUAAGCGGCCUGUCGUGCUGCGUUUCUACAAGCGUGGGACAUGA